AGUCUGUGCAUGUGAACUACUGUUAGACAGACUCUGCAGUACCUGUGACUUUGCUCUGUGCAGCUGUCAUGGCUUCUCUAAACAGAGACUUGUUUGCUAUUCGCACGCUCGCUGUCUUCAGCCUGAUUUCUGCGAGUCUUGCGGCUUCUUUGGAUUGUAAAGAUGUGCUCCGGCCUAUGGAUAAACUCAACCCUCGUGACUGGGAAGGCAUGUGGGCAAUGGUUGCAGACAGUAUAAGGGUCAUUCAGUCUCCAGAGCCUGAGCGCCUAAGCAACAGCACAGUCCUGUACUUCUACAACUCCACUUUCACCAAAGCCAACCUCGACUUAACCUGCUCUUAUUUCUCCAACAAUGUCACAUUCGAAGGCCCCGACUACAAGUUUGAUGUCAAUGGGGUGGUGAAGUUCAGCGGGACCAUCUUCUACUCGUCAUGUCCAGACUGUUUGGUGCUGAGCUUCAUUGUGGACUCGCCCCACUAUAAAUCACAGGAGCUGUGCCUGUUCAGCAAGAGGAGGAGUGUGGAGGAGACGGAGCUGCAGGAGUUCAUGGCUCAGGUGAAGUGUAUGGACAUGCCUGAGGCUUCUGUGAUGAAUCCAAAUGAGGAGCUUUGUCCGUACACUCAAGCGCAAGACAACUGAAUCAACGGCUCUUAAGACUUUGUGGCAUGAUAUCUGUGAACAGAAUGAAAUGACUGUCACUACAUUGACCUUGAUUGUCCUUAUCGAUGUAAAAGUCAAAACCCAUGUUUUAAGAGCUUCAGGAAACUAAAUCUGAAUACUGACGAUGGAAAAGUCAAUCAGAGUCUUUUUGAAUAAAUAAAAACUUUGGUAAUCAUCCUGCUGUCUCUAUAUUGUUGUUGUUGUUCAUUUAAAUGUGUAUGUGUGCGGGGUGGGUGGAGCGAGAGCUGUAUGUAAAUAAAGAGUUGCACUUUGACGGGUCAACAGUGAGGGUGUGUAGCAGAGCAAUGAGAACACUGAUGACCACAGGAGACAUAAGCAUGCAGAAUUAACCUUCUCCUAUACAUUUGUUAGAGAUAAGUUUUCAGUAGAAAUUGGAUCUCGCCUGUCGCUUGCAUGUUGCACACUGAAAAAAAACUGUCAUCAUUUUUACCUUGUAUUUUUAAGACUCAGUAAGAACUUGAGUUUCCGAACCUUCCUCCUUUGUUAGCUUUUAUUACGCAACCACCAUGUUAAGGGUCGGUUUUGACCUGCGUCUUAAAUCAGCUGUAAAUUAUGCUAAAUCAAUUCUCUAUCAUCCAGUUUGGUUCUCAUCUCUAGGUUUCCUUGUUAGGCUUCAUUAUCCAUCAAAAUAUUGCUUAUAAUAGUUUUUGCGGUGGUCCUCUGGGCCUUUCUUUAUCGGUAUACCCCUUAUACAGACAUCCAAACUGAAUUGAUGACACAUGUCUGAACAUGUCUGAAGUUUUUUGUGCAGGGAAAAAUCUGACUGUCAGUGUGGUGCCUGACGGUUCACUUAUGAUUUCAGUUUUUGCUCUAAUUAUUAGAUAUUGAUCUGACUGGGUCAACAGCGACCCUAACACGACAAGAGCCACAAUCUUAAUAAGAGCAUUUUAUAAUUUAGUCAAUGAUUUAGUAAUGAUCAUAAAUGUUCUCUGCACCCGGUCGUCGACUUGUCAGGGCUCAUCCCAAAAACAAGCGGCUGCUGGAGGAGAGUGGGUGAGUUACGGUUUGUAACUAUAACUUAAUUUUACGCCGGAAUAUCCCUUUAAGUCAUAAUUUGAUGGUUUAAUUUUUGUAAAAAUAAACAAGUUUCACUUUUUCACAGUGAUACAGACAAGAAACAAAUUUAUAUUUAGCAAAGCACUGUAUACACUCUACACACCAUUAAAAUAUGAAAUAUUUCGCUGACGUCAUUAUCUAAGUUCUCCAUAAUAUGACUCAUCAUUAAGACGGGCACUCAGUAGCUAGUCAACAGAUAGUAGCAUUUUUAAGUUGGCAACGGCUGAAGCUUCAUGAAUAUUUUUCAGGAGUCCACAUUCACUGAGCUGGUCCAGUCCAAUGCUGCUGAUGUUGCAAAAACCAUGCGGGGGGAGUAGUAAACAUGAACCUUCCAGUAAAUUCUUCCUUCCUGAGUUACGGUAAAGUUGCGUUAAUAAUUAAAUGAAUGUUUUAUCAGUAUUGUGAAACCACAGGGUCAAAACCUGAUCAGUCUGUGCAUGUGAACUACUGUUAGACAGACUCUGCAGUACCUCUGACUUUGCUCUGUGCAGCUGUCAUGGCAUCUCUAAAAAGAGACUUGUUUGCUAGUCGUACGCUCGCUGUCUUCAGCCUGAUUUCUGCGAGUCUUGCGGCUCCUUUGGAUUGUAAAGAUGCACUUCGGCCUAUGUUCAUGUAAAUGUGUAUUUGUGCAGGGUGGGUGGAGCGAGAGCUUUAUGGAAAUAAUAAAGAGUUGCACUUUGACAGGUCAACAGUGAGGGUGUGUAGCAGAGCAAUGAGAACACUGAUGACCACAUCUUCACAACUGUUAUGUUUUAUGGAAAGUAAAAUUUGAUCGAUACUGGCAAGUCAGUGUUACUUGAUAUUGCAGCAUUAAAUUUGACUUAAAUCAUUUACAAUAUAUUUUUGAAGUAAUUUUCUCAGUAAAUCUUAUGAGUUAGUUAUUAGCACUUAAAAAGACUUUGGUCAUCUAUAUGUGGCUUUUAGUGGGAGAAGUGAUGAGAGAUGAUGAAUUUCCUGACUCAACAAGUGAACAUAGCCACUUGGAAUAGCUUUAUACAUUGUUAAAAGUGUGCCAAACAUAUUUGUCGUAGUUCCUAAAUGCAGAUUUUUUUUUACCCAAACAAAAAAAUGCUAACCCCUCCCAUUAGUCAGCACUUUCUUUGACUGAAAUUGCUCAAAUAAGGUCCUUUUUUUAACAUGAAUUUUAUGUAACUGACUAUAAAGUAGGGUGACCAUAUUCUGAAUCCCUAAAAAGAGGACACUACUACGCAGGGCGGGUUUUUAGGGUCGGGUCAAAUGUUUUUUUACACACUUCUAACUCAGUUAAACACAUAUUCUGAAUUCCCAAAAAGACACUAAACCAGGCCUCUUGGAGAUACUGAAAAUUACUCACACAAAGUUGCGUUUAUAAACAAUAUAUUCAUUUAUCUAAAGCAUUUCUCCUCAACCAAAUUAUCAGUCACAUACAAAUACUCCCCUCGGACAGGUCGUACAACCCCCUAUAGGGCACAUGUCUUGGUAAGAGAGGGCGUGUGGUCACCUCAUGUGAACCUUCCAAUUGAGCACCGAUAAGAGAAAAAACAGUAAACAUUUCACAAUUAAAGACCAUCAUCAGAUGUUUUUUUGGGGGGAGGUUUUGGUAACGGGAAUCUGUGGCGUGAGUGUGUGUGUGUGUGUGUGUGUGUGUGUGUGUGUGUGUGUGUGUGUGGGCGGUGGGGUUGACUGAGUUUUAAAAAAGAUAACUCACUUCAACAGCAGCAAAACAAAGAUACAUAUAAUGCAUCGAAGAUUUGACACUGUUAAUUUUUAUGAACUUAUUCUUAACUGUUAACUUUAUAAACACGUACCAUUAAUUCUUCACUGCAACAGUAAUAUUGAAUACGCCAUGAAAUUGCCAAGUGUAUGGAAGUAAAUCUGUGCCAUUUGAUUUUAAAUUUGAAUUUCUAAAUUCAGUGUAAAAAAAUCAGUCUCUCAAGAGAUUUGUUGAAUAAAACUUCAACUUACAAACAACUGUGUAAAAAAAUGUUUCAACAUGGUUUUAAAUGGUGGAUGGUUUUAAAAUGCACAUGUCCUCUUACUGAACGCUGAUUGCUGUGUUUUGCAUACUGUAACUGUUUUGUGUUUCUGCGUGUUUUUUUUUUUUUAUUUUUUUUUUUAUGUGGAACUUCUUGUGCUGCUAUCCUGGCCAGGACUCCCUUGUGAAAGAGAUUCUGAAUCUAAAUGGGGUUAUUUCCUGGUUAAAUAAAGGUUACUAACUAACUAAAAUUCAAAGUCUGAUUUUGAUGCAAAAAAAUUCUGCUUUAGAAAUUCAAAUUCAAAAUAAGAUGGCACAGAUUUACUUCCAUAAAAGUGUUUCACAUAUCAGGUUUCCAGACAAAAUAAACUUUUUACCCUUUUAUUGCAGUAAGAGUGCUUCAUGUGUGAUGUUGGCAAAAAUAAGUUAGUGUUCAACUUUACAGAAGACAAGAAUGGCCUUGAAUUUUUCUUUUUUUUUUUAACGCACUGUUAUCUCGUGAUAUAGACUUUUUAUCUCAAAUAUAACAAAAACAGCAUUUUAGCCAACCUGAAAUGGUAACUUUUACAAACGGCCUACAUCAUGGGUUAUUACUGAAACGCCACAGCCACUAUUGUCAACAGCAAGCCGCGGGUUUUAAUGAAAACACUGAUAUCACGCACCACUUUGCACACGCACAUUACACUUUAAACGUGGGAACAAUUAACUCCCAUAUUCAAAUCUGACAAGAAAACAAUCUUUGUUGUGUUGUUCAGUUUGUUGCAUAAAAAGAAAGAACAACACAUGGCCGUUCUCGUCUUUUGUACCAUUAGUUUGCAGUCCACAACAUUUAUUUGACUGUUGUAGUUUGAUGUCACAUUUCAGCUUAAGAUCGAUGAAAAGAAGAACAUGCCUGCUGAUAAAAUGAUUCACUCUGUUAAAGAGGAAUAGGGGCGUUUUUGUU